UCCUACGAGUGUGCGCGAGGGACGCUCGUGCAGACUGUUUACUGGUAACAGCGUGUGAGAAGAGGCACACACAGCUGCUUAAAUUCACCGUUGUGUUUCUCCAGUGGCUCAAUGUGAUGGGAUGAGGAAACUGUAAAGACAAAAAUAUAUGAUGGAAAAUUAUAUCUACACUAGAUAAAUUUAGAAAGCCGUCUCACAAAGACUAUUGCGAAGGAAUGCAGUUAUAAGGAGCAAUGCUUUGAACUUAAAGACCACCAACGUUUCGUUUCCAAGAGCCAGUACAAAAUUGCAGGAUAAACAUGUAGCAGAUGAAAAAUAGGCAGAAAUCUGUCUGAGCGUGGAGAUUACAGCUGACAUUGGAGUGUGCUGAAGCGCUUCUUUGGUAUCUUUGUUUGCCACCGACUGCAAAAACUUCCACAAUGGCUCUGGUCAUGGAACCAGUAAGCAGGUGGACAACAAGCCAGGUGGUUGAUUGGAUGAAAGGCUUGGAUGACUGUCUGCAGCAGUACAUUAAAAACUUUGAGCAAGAGAAGGUAGGUGGGGAACAGCUGUUGAGAAUCACCCAUCAGGAGCUCGAGGAUCUGGGCGUUUCUCGAAUUGGCCACCAGGAACUCAUUCUGGAGGCAGUGGACUUGCUUUGUGCACUGAACUAUGGACUAGAGACAGAGAACCUGAAGACCCUCACCCAUAAGCUGAACGCUUCAGCCAAGAACCUGCAGAACUUCAUAAUGUGUCGGCGGAGGGGUGGUCACUAUGAUGGCAGAGCCACCCAAAAACUCCCUAACGACUUCCUGACAUCUGUAGUAGACCUCAUCGCAGCUGCCAAGAGCCUGCUUGCUUGGUUGGAUAGGUGUUACUUCUUUAUCAGGUCUCCGUUCGCAGCCGUAGCAGACUACUCCAUGACCAGGAAUAAUGUGAUUCAGCUGUGUCUGGAAUUGACGACAGUAGUUCAGCAGGACGGCACAGUGUUUGAGACAGAAAAUAAGAUACUGCAUGUGUGUAAGAUAUUAUCAGGGGUGUGUGACCACAUCAUUUCUCUGUCAUCGGACCCCAUGAUGUCCCAGGCCGCCCAUCUGGAAGUGGUGCAGCUGGACAGCAUUAGGUCCACCGAGGGACUGGGCAUGUACAUCAAGUCGACCUAUGAUGGCCUACAUGUCAUUACGGGCACUACAGAGGGAUCCCUAGCUGACCGCUGUAAGAAAAUCCAUGCCGGUGAUGAGGUCAUACAAGUCAAUCAUCAGACAGUAGUGGGCUGGCAGCUGAAGAACUUGGUGAACUCUUUACGUAGCAAUCCUGCAGGCGUGACCCUUACGCUGAAGAAACGACCCCAGAGCACUCUCACGUCAGCCCCUGCCUUACUCAAGAAUAUGAGAUGGAAGCCCCUGGCCCUGCAGCCCAUCAUCCCCCUCAGCCCCAGCAGCAGUGUGGCCACGCCCUCCAGCACCCUCAGCACCCCAUCCAGACGGGACAGCUGUGCACUACAAGACCUCUUCAUCCCCCCUCCUCCAGAUGAGCCAUACACACCCAGAGUGGACAUGGGAAAUUUGACCUGCAAUAGCCAGCAUGCUGCCAAAGGUUCUGAGUCGCCCAACUCCUUCCUGGAUCAGGAGUGCCGAAGGCGUUUCCCUCAGCUGGACGAGGAUGCAGUCCUGUACUGUUAUGAGUAUGAUCAGAAUCAAGGCCCCCCACCUGUACGCAGGGACAGCACUCCCACUUAUGGACGGCUACGGCCUAUUUCCAUGCCUGUGGAGUAUAAUUGGGUUGGAGACUAUGAAGACCCAGCCAAGCUGAAAAAAGAGCUCAGGAGAGAAAAUGCCCUGUUGCGAUAUGUGAGUGAAGAAAAGGUGGGUCCAGAGGAGUAUCACAUACAGUGUCGCAGCAGUAAGCAUAGCAGGAGGAAGAGUGAAAAAGGUAGUAGCCCCGCCCACUAUACCCUAGUCCCCGCCCUACAGAUGGAUAUGCUGCUACAGGACUCUCUAGGCACAUCCGCAUCAGAAACCUCUUCUGUCUAUCUUACAUUUGAUCGAUCAUCAAUGCUCUCCCAGUCAAAGAAAGUUAAGUUAAGAGCUGGCUCCCUGCCCUCCAUCAGCAAACGGCGAAUCUCCUGCAGGGACCUGGGCCAGGGUGAUUGUGAGGGCUGGCUCUGGAAGAAGAAGGAUGCAAAAAGCUACUUCUCCCAGAAAUGGAAGAAGUACUGGGUUGUGCUGAAAGAUUCCUGCUUAUACUGGUACACCAAUGAAGCGGAUGAGAAGGCAGAGGGUUUUGUCAGCCUGCCGAAGUUCAACAUUGAUCAAGCCAAUGAAUGUCGCAAAAAGUUUGCUUUUAAGACUUGCCAUCCUAAAAUCAAGAGCUUCUACUUUGCUGCAGACAACGUGGAUGAUAUGAAUAGGUGGCUCAGCCGAAUGAACAUGGCUGCAUCAGCUCACUCAGAGCAGAAGAGGAUUCGACAGGAUCAUGACUACUGGAGCGAGAGUGACCAUGAGGAUCCUGAUCACAUGUCCAAAAAGGACAGUCCUCCACCUCCCUAUGACACUUAUCCUCAUGCUACCUCUGCUAGUCCGUUCCAGGAGCCCAAACGAAUCCGCCCCUCCUCCACAGAGACCAUCCAGUCUCGUUCCCCCCAGGAGGCAUACCACUCUGAGACACAAUGGGGCAGUCUGAGCUGCGCCAGCUCUCCAGGCCAAAAGUCCUCCAGUCAGCGGCGUUCGUGGCAAGACCUCAUUGAGACACCCCUCACCAGCUCCGGUCUCCAUUUUCUGCAAACACUGCCACUGGAUGAUGCUGUGCUCAUCGAUGCCAAACGAGCUGUGCCUGUAGAGCUCCGUCGCCAGUCCACUCUUCCUGCCCAGCACGGGCUGCCACCAGAAAACUAUGUCCCUCCCCCUACACCCAACCAACCCAGCCAGAAGCCCAUCACAGUUGGAGGAGGAGGCGGAAGACUUGGAGGAGGAAGCAAGCACCGUAGCUUUACCUUGCCCCGUGAUAGUGGUCUUCAUGCCAUCCUGGCUGCAACCAGUGCAGCUGAACAUGAAGAUGCCCAGCACUACCAGCAGGGAUGGGCUCAUGCCAGAGACACAGGUUCAGAGUGGGAGCGCAGGCACCAGGCUGACUCGUUGGUAGAUUUGUACAGGGCUCUGGAAAGGACUAGUCUAUCACCAGUCAAUGAGCACAGAUCCUCUUCUCGUUUAGAGUACAAGCGAUCAUUCGUCCGUCGCUGCAAUGACCCGUUACUUAAUGAGAAACUGCACCGCCUGCGGAUCUUGCAAAACUCAUUCAAGGAUAUCCCUCUUCAAGAGGCAGAGACAAAGAUAAUUCAUCGCGAUGUGUAGCCAGAGUUACAGAAGAACACAGCAGGGUACAGCAGCCAUAUCUGCUAAAAACUCCAUUUACCAAACUUCUCUUACUUUUAUUCCAACAUUCAUGAAUUCCUCUAGUUGGACUCAAUUUAAUUUAUUGUAUUUACCCUCUCUUAUAUUUAUGUUGUUGCACAUGCUAAUAUUGGCAUUAUUUUGUAUACAUACAUACAGAUAUUUUCUUUUUUGAAAUACUUGUGUUUGUAAUAAUGACUUGUAUUGACUUGACUUUGGCCUCCACCUGGGGCCAAAUAACUGCACUUCCUAUGAACUCUAAAGAACUUUACCCUACUGUUGUUUCGUGACUUAAAAAAAUACAGGGCAAGAUUAGAACUACUGAUCUAUAGAUAAUAUUUUGGUAUAUGAUUUGCAUGUUCAUUGUCUGUUUAAUAUAUUUUCUGUGACAUUUGUUUUAAUGGUCUUACCUGAAAGAGUUAAUUUGGACUGUAAAUUAUGCUGGCAGUAAAUGUUACUAUGACUGAGAGAAGGACUGAAUGCGUGUCUUUGUGUGGGUGGGUGUUGAAACCGUAGGUUUGUUGUAUAUAAUGUAUGUUGUAAUAUACUGACAGUUUGCACCCAAGUUCUGGAAAUAUCCUAUGUUGAGCAGCAAGGUUCUUGCAAUAAUGUUGAACUAAACAAUUAACUGGUUUAACACUGUCUAUUUUUCUAAGCAUGGUAUCUAUUGAGAUGUUUGUACAUUGUUUUGUAUGCUGAAAUAUGUGUUAUCUUAAGAUAACUGCAAGUGUAAAACCCUUUUAAUGUGUUCCCAAAAGAUAUUUAACAAAUUGAAACUUUCAUGUGAAAGCACCAGUGUUCUAAUAUAUUCAGAAAGUAAUUUUAAUAAUAAAUUGU